GCCAAUCAUUGCCUCUCCCUGUCCCCUUCAGGUGAGUUGAGUUUAGCUUUAGCCAAUAGAAAAGGAUACAAACCAGCCAGCCAAUAACUGACUGCCCCACUACCUCCAGGACAGCGGAAUUUGGGUCUAGCUAAUGGCAAAGGUGCCCAACACACUACAGGAGAGCUGUGAUUGGUUCAGCACAGAACCAGGCAGUAGAGCAGGCAGGGACAAAAAGCAGGAAGCUAAAGAACAAGUAAAAACCUUGCCGCACCCUGUGUGACAUCAGGAGAUAAAACAAGUUCCACUGGUUAUAGAGAGAGAGAGAAGAACUUUCAGUUUCGUUUCUUGUUCCUGAUUUCAGUGAUGGCGGCUGCUGAUCUGAGAGACGAGCUGAGCUGCUCCAUCUGCCUGAGCAUUUAUACUGAUCCUGUAUCCCUGCCGUGUGCCCAUAACUUCUGCCAGGUCUGUAUUGGGACAACAUGGGACACCCAGGAGGGAUCUGGGGCUUAUUCCUGCCCUGAAUGUAGAGCAGAGUAUCAGGAACGCCCUGCCCUGCUCAGGAACAGAACUCUACGUAACAUAGCAGAGAGAUUCCUUCCAACUGAGACAGAGCAGGGGGAGACUGGGAUCUUCUGCACCUACUGUGUCCUCUCUCCUGUACCUGCUGCUAAAUCCUGUCUCCUGUGUGAGGCUUCUCUGUGUGAUACCCACCUGAGGGGGCACAGCAAGUCAGCAGAACAUGUACUGACCCAACCCACCGACUCCUUUAUGGGGAGAAAAUGUUCUGUACAUCACAAGGUUCUGGAGUAUUUCUGCUGUGAGGAGUCUGUCUGUGUCUGUGUGUCCUGCUGUCUGGCCGGAGAGCACAGGGGCCACAGGGUGGAGCUGCUGAGUGAGGCCUCUGAGAAGAAGAAGGAGACACUGAGGAAAGUUCUGGAGAAACUGAGGCCAGAGAGAGAGGAGACUGAGAGAGGAGCCCAGAGACUGCAGGAGCGCAGGAGAGAAGUGGCAGAAAAAGCAGCCGGUGAGACAGAGAGAGUCACUGCCCUGUUUAGAGACAUCAGGGAACAGCUGGAAGCCCUAGAGAAGCGACUCCUGAGUGACAUCUCCAGCCAGAAAGAGAAGCUCUCACUCACACUCACUGAUCUGAUGGAGCAGCUGGAAAUAAAGAAGGACGAGCUGUCCAGGAAGAUCCGUCACAUUGAGGAGCUGUGCAACAUGGCAGAUCCACUCACUGUCCUACAGGAACGGGAAUCACAUGGAGCUGCAGAUAAUGAGGGGGGCAGAGAGAGACAUGAUAUAAAGGUCCCUGCUGUAGGGGAUCUGGAUGUGGAUCUGAUCUCAGAGACAUUACUCACAGGCUUAGCUGCCAUUGGGACUGGGGUAAAGGGAAGGAUCUAUGGGCAGGAGGCUACAGACCUGUUACUGGAUAUAAACACGGCUGGGAAUUAUGUAUUUGUAUCAGGGGACAGGAAAUCUGCUUCCUACUCACUCACAGACCAGCGUCACCCACAAACCCCAGAGAGAUUUCAGGGUCCUCAGACUUUAAGCAGCAAGAGUUUCCCCUCAGGGCGACAUUACUGGGAAGUGGAGGUCAGUGAAUCAGGGAACUGGAGGGUAGGGGUGGCCUAUCCCAGUAUAGAGAGGGGAGGGGGUCAGUCCUGGAUUGGGGAUAAUAACAAGUCCUGGUGUUUGUGGAGAUGGAAUAAUAAAUAUUCAGUGAGACAUGACAGUAAAGACACAAAGUUACCCCACGUCUCUUCCUGCAGGAGAAUCAGGAUCUCAUUGGACUAUGAGGCCGGACGUCUGUCCUUUUAUGAGCUGAGUGAGCCAAUCAGACACUUACACACCUUCACUGCCACAUUCACUGAGCCCCUUCAUGCUGCAUUCUGGGUAUGGGGUGAUAAUGUCUGGGUGAGAAUCGUUAGUUAGGGAACUGCCCAGCAGGAAACCCAUUGCCAGAGUUGCCCUUAGCCCAGUGAUGGCAGGGAAGGAAAGGAGACACAUAGAUGUUGGCCAGUCUGCCCUAACAAACACAGGAUAACUAUUUCACUAAGUAGAUCAGCUAAAUUCAAUAUCUGUCUCACCAGCAGACCUGCUCCCCCUUAUUGGGCUCCCUAUUAAACAACCACUUGUGCCGCUGUGUCUCCGCGCAGAAAUGCAAAGGGAAGCCGGGAGGGGACCCCCAGUGACUGCCUGGAGGGGCCUUCAUAUUGCAGUCCUGUGGGCCCCCAUUGCUCCAGUCCGACCCUGCUCACCAGAAUGACAUUUAUUGCUUUUUUUGUAUCCUUAGAGUUUUUCUCAGGACAUAACUUUUAAAGUCCCCCCUCUUCCCAAUAACAUUUCCUAUUCGCUGUCGUCAGUUCUCUCCCCUGUAUCUCUCUUUCCCAGCCCUCCUCUAUCAACCUCUAUCAAUGUCCCACCUUCUGUUCAUAGUGGGAAUGUGUUGCACUAGUGUGUAAAGUGUGGGCUCAUGGAUGUGUAUAACUGUCUAUAGAAAUGAAUUAUAAAAAGAGAAAGAAAAGUAUCCCUUAUUUACCAAUCACAUUAAUUCACUAACACAGUUUCUAUAAAACACUGGAUGCUUAUACUUUCUAUUAAAUUAUCGCUCUGUUACAAUUAAUGACAAUGAGAUAUAAUUGUGGAUGAAAUAAAUUUACUUAUAAUCAAUA